AUGCUUCCAAGCGUUGCCCUUUGGGCGCUGCUGGUAACGACGAGCCAUGCAGCAUAUGUUCAGUCGCGGGACUGUUCUAUCGAUACUGCCGACUUCAGGUUAAUCCCUGAGGGCCUUCGAGCUUCCGUCAACGCCAGCCGCGAUACUUUCGACACCGAUUUUCACCUAGUUGCAAACUAUGCCAACGGUACCGAGUGUGAUGCGGCUUCUCCCUUGGAUCUUGUACCGGUAUUCACGGUAGUCGACUAUAAUGGCGCCCAUCAAUAUCCCGGACGAAUCGUCAACACGUCUUGCGCCAAGUAUGGCCCGUUGGAGGCCAGACUGAGACUUGAGAUCACUUCGACUUUUAACCGGUCUACCUUACUCGACACCUUCGAGAUCACACUCGAUUUAACGACACAUGAUGGCACUCCUUUGCUGUGUGUCGAGGCCAACCUGACACCCGAAGUUCGACCCUGGACACAACUCCUCAGUUUCUGGCUUCCCGUGCUCUUCUUUUCCGUGGCCUCUCUGGUUGCCUCUUGGCCUUUGCAGCAAACUGAACAUCACGCUGUGUUCUCGGAUGCCCAAGACAGGAAUAACCACCGCAUGGUCAGAGCUUCCGAGAUGCUGGCAUACAUCCAGUUCAUCUACUUUUCUGGCGCACUCAGCCUCCGAUAUCCCGGCUUCCUUCAACCUCUAAUCGGCUUUAAUAGCUGGUCAACCUUGAUGUUACCCGCAGGCCCGGUCUCGAACCAAUCGCGAUACACCGGUGUCAGGGAUGGUAUCUACGAGACCAAUGGGACACUUACUGGUGAGCCAGGCUUUGUGAUAUUAUCGCAGAUCACGAGCUCUCCCGGCAUGUCAAUGAAUUGGUUCAACACCAUCGUCUUUGCACUUAUUGUUCUGUUGUUCUUCUUUGUCUCUAUUUAUGUCCGGGAGCUGCUUCGCGAACAAAGCUGCCCCAACUCGACAAACACCAGUCAAAAGCCUUUGUCACGCUUUAAAGAACGAUCUUGGUCCGUUUCGAGACUGUUUCUUAGUCUCUUUCUGCUCCCUCUGAGCGCCUGGUCUACAUAUCAACUCUCCAAUCGCCGCAUGGUCCUGCAGAACUCAGCUGUCGCCAUCCUCGCCCUCGUGCUCCUACUGUCUUCUUUCUGGUGGACGUGGACCCAUGCCAAUUCCUCGGCAGACAUUGGGCUUUUCGUUAUUCAAGGAGAGACUCGUAUUCGCGGUCAAGCCUCAAAGGAGCGGAUACGCAAAUAUCAUGCAUUGAACAUCUUUUGUUUGAUGCUAUUCCGUGGCAUCAUCAUUGGUGGUCUCCAAGCGCAUGCUCGCACCCAAUUUAGCAUUCUGCUCGGGCUCGAACUUUUACACUUGAUAUGCACGGCGUAUUGGAGAGGAGUUUCUUCUUUGCUUUCGCUCUCGGGGGUUUUGUACGGAUCGAGACUGGUCCUCUUUUCACUGCAUACGGCGUUUCUCCCAGGAGUCACUGACCUUCCCUCCAAGAUCCUACUUGGGUACAUUAUUCUUUCAUGGCACUUGGCUGUUCUCAUUGGCAUUUUUCUCAUUCCCAUAUUUCUGGAUCUUGUGCACCGAGGUCUUGCAGGUUGGACAGUAAAGGCUGGUGCCGCGGAUGCUGAGAAGACGGCUCCCGCCAUGCGCGUCUCAUCUUCCUCUGAAUCCGAUCGCUCUACAAAGGGCCCUACAGGUCUUUUGUUCUCCGCUGCAGGGACACACAGCCACAGCCAGUAUCUGGCUGACAUAAUCCUAAGUCGAGAACUACGGGUCUCUUCCCACGGCCUAAACCAUGGAGUUUCUGUUACCGACUUCUUAAAGUUUAUGAAGAAUGUUCAGGGCGAAGAUUCAGGGCUUGAGAGCCACUCACUGCUGUCGUCAUCCCUUGGCUCAGAUUCUUUCUCCGACGUGGAAGCUCAAAUUUCUUCAAAAUCUCCAAAAAUAUCCAUCAGUGGGAUCAGUGAGCUUCUCUUGUCAAAGCAGAACCUGGCCAUUAGAAAAACGCCACUCCAAUAUGACCUUGACCGACCGAUCAACGAGUAUUUUAUCUGCAGCUCGCACAACACAUAUCUUAUGGGUCGUCAGGUUCUCACGCGUUCAACAACUCAAGGGUACAUCUCUGCACUUUCUCAGGGAUGUAGAUCUAUCGAGGUAGACUGUUGGGACGGACGAGAUGGGCAACCAAUUGUCAAGCACGGCUACAGCUUGACAGCAUCCAUCAGUUUUAAAGAUGUGAUAGACGCCAUCAACCAAUACGCCUUUACGACUUCGGACUUUCCUCUUUGGAUCUCGCUGGAGGUGCAUUGCAGCCCUCGUCAGAAGAGUAUCAUGGCUCAGAUAAUGAGGGACACCUUCGGGGGGAAAUUGGUAACAGAGCCUCUGUCUGACCUCUUGGGACCACUUCCAUCCCCGUCACAACUGCGAGGGAGAAUAUUGAUCAAGGCAAAAGUUGCAAAAAGCGUCGAGCCUAGCCGAGAACCUCGAGUAUCGAAAGACAUUCCCAUUUCGACAAGAUCGUCGCAGGAUCAUGGCAGCCUCACAGAAGCGGGGAGUACUGACUCAACGUCCACUAUCAACUCUUCUGCUAUCAGCCAGGAGGCUUGUAGUCAGGUCCCUCAAUCACAACCUUCCGUGAACGGUCCGUUGGAGGAGCUAGCGGUCUACGGACCAGGCAAAAGGCUACCUCGCCCCAGCAAAGUCGACGCAGCUGGAAACUUUGUCUACUCCGUCUCUGAAGCCAAUUUCAAGUCCUACUUAAAACAGAAGGACGGUGGAGGCUCCCUUGACUUCCUCAACACACGACACAUGCUGCGAGUCUACCCCGACGCGAGUCGAAUAGACUCGUCAAAUCUAAGUCCGUUGCAGUAUUGGCGGCAUGGUGUCCAGAUGGCGGCCUUGAACUACCAGACAAGUGACCUCAACAUGGGACUUAACCAGGCUAUGUUUAAUGGCGGUACUGACAACUCUGGUUACGUGUUGAAACCCGAGAGGCUGCGUCAGCCUCCGGAGCUCAUCCCAGACCACGUCCAAGAACUACGGUUCUCCAUCGACGUACUAAUGACAAAAGAUCUCUGCUGGCCAGAGAGAACUUGGGAUAACGCCUCUGUCCACGUCCGGAUGAAGAUUCUGACAGCCGAUGCACGCAAACAGGAUGCAUCCCAGACAAAAAAGCGGACCGGGAGCCUCCCAUUUCAGCGACACGACGUGAUACUCGAUUCUCGUCUUGAAUUUCAAGUCAAAACCCAGUAUCCCAGCCUCGUUUUUCUACAAUGGUCUGUGAAGCUAUCGUCAGACUCUCAGGGCUAUCCUCGUCAUUCUACUCUGGCCUCGGGGAUGGCCAAACUCGAAAGUCUCAAGCAAGGCUACCGGCUCUUGCCUUUGAAGAAGUCUUUUCAAGACGAAGAGGACUGCGGUUACUUGAUCUGUAAGCUGGAUAGAUCUUUCCGCUAA